AUGGUGGUGUUAUCCAGCAGCCGCCAUGCCUUGUGGCGCUGCGUGUUCUCUCUUCUCCUGCUGGUGCAUUCCGCGGUGGCAUACAGCGUGAUAUCGGACGACACACUGAGAGCGCUCCCUAGACCUGGCGACGACUUUGACAUUCAUACUGGAAAGCUUCUCUCGCCUAUACUGAUCCCACGAGUUCCUGGAACGCCCGGCUCUACGGCCGUGCUCAACCACUUCAAUGACUUUUUCCAAACCAGCCUCCCCGACUGGAAAAUCGAGUUCCAGAACUCGACGUCAAAGACACCAGUGAGCGGCGACAAGGAAGUGCCAUUUGUCAACUUUAUUGCAUACCGGGACCCGCCGUGGGCGUCCAAGGGCGACGUGGGCAGAUUGACUCUGGUCGCCCAUUAUGACAGCAAGUAUUCCCCCGAAGGGUUUAUUGGUGCCAUCGACAGCGCUGCGCCGUGCGCCAUGAUCAUGCACGCCAUGCGAAGCAUCGAUGCUGCAUUGACCAAGAAAUGGACUGAAAUGGGGGCCCGGGGCCACUCGAACCUUGACCUUGACGAGCAUACAGGCAUUCAAGUGCUCUUCCUCGACGGCGAAGAGGCAUUUCAAACCUGGACCGAUACAGAUUCACUAUACGGGGCGCGCUCUCUGGCCGAGACCUGGGAAGACUCCUAUCACCCGGUCAUGUCGAACUUUAAAACGGAGCUUUCGUCGAUUACAUUGUUUGUGCUUCUUGAUCUCCUGGGAGCCAAGUCCCCUACGAUUCGCUCGCACUUUCCUACUACCCAUUGGGCUUAUCAAAACAUGGGCAAGCUAGAAAACCGCCUCCGGGAACUUGGAGAGCUCAGAUCUGCACCACCCCACGAGGAAAAAGCGAAGCGAAACGAAAUACGAUGGCUAGUCGAUGUCGAGGCAAGCGAGCGCCAUGUUACUUCCCGGGGCGGUAUAUCAGACGACCACCUCCCCUUUAUGCACCGCGGAGUCGAGAUUCUGCAUUUGAUUGAUUUUAAUAGCGGAUCUGGCUUCCCGAAGGUCUGGCACACCAUGGAGGAUACCGGAGAAAACCUGGACGGCCCUACAGUCGAGGACUGGAGCAUGCUGGUCACGGCCUUUGCGGCGGAGUGGAUGGAACUCGAUGGGUUCUUUGAGACCACCCCGUCCGCUCGCUCGGCGGAUUUACAUAGUAGAAAAACUGAAUUGUAA